AUGAGUACAUAUCCUGAACAUGGAGAUAUUGGGAAGACGGGCCAUCCAGCCGAUCCGAAAAGUAAUGUCGCUAAAUUCGGCGAUUACGAUCCUAAAAACUAUGCUAUAGUCGAUGUAUCCAGAACCGUUAAGACGCACGAGUGCUUGACACCAGGAUGUCCACCUCACUUGACUCAGUGUUGCAUCGCCAAAUAUUUGAUACCACUCACUAAAAGUCUAACGGAAGUGCCAGCAAGGCCGACGAUUAGCGAACUUCCCGAUGCAGUUAUAGACCAGAUGGUUAAAAAAGACAAGGCUUUCUGGGUGGAUAAGCCCGGCAUCAACGACUACACCAUACAUGAUUCAUACAUUCAGUAUGGAAUAUGCACAGAAGUUGUGCAUCCAACUCCUCAGAAUGUAUUUCCUCGUUCGUACCAGUACGACCUGGACUGCGUCAGGUACCGCAGAACUCGUGCUUGCGAUGCCCUCAAAGAAUCAGAUGAUAAAUCAAAAAAACCUCUUAGCGCCCACUGUCGCGACUGUCGCAAGCUGCACAUACCGCCCUUGACGCCAUUCCAACUGGCGUGGGCCAAGGAUCCAGGACAAAAGAGAUGGAGGUAUUAUCCAGACCUGACUGCCACCUUGACGCGCCAAGAAAUUCGAGCCUCAAUGGAUAAUGUUGGACGUCCAUUUCAAAACGAAGCAUGCAACUGGUACUACAAAAACUACCCUCCGGUUAAGUACGAAUGUAUAGUCCGCAAAUUCUCUAGUUAA